UCUGUCCGCAGUCGCCAUUUUCUCGUCGGGAAGGAAGGAGAGAGAGACGACUCGCGCUGAGCUGUCAUCUCUGCUGUGAAUUUUCUCGCAGUUCUUCCGCAAUUGAUUCCAUGCCAGGAAUAAGGGCGCAUUGAAAUUAUCAUGGCGUGUUUGAACACCCUCAAGCAGGAAAUACGGGUACUGGAGAACGCGUUUCCAAAAACAGACGAGCUGUUCCAAGUGGUGGCGGCCAGUGUUGACGAAUUGACCUGCCGAUUUAUUUCCAAAACGAACAAGAAAUAUGACAUUCACGCCAAUAUCACAGAGACGUACCCACACUCCCCUCCAGUCUGGUUUGCGGAGACUGAGGACACUAACGUUACUAAUGCCAUUGAACGGCUCAGCAACACCAACGGCAGAGAUAAUCAUGUGUUACAGCAGGUGAAGCUCCUUCUGCGUGAAUUGUGUGCAGCAUAUGGGAUGGAGGAACCACCUGACCUAGAAGACAGACUAGACCUUGUUUCUGUACCUCAGGUCAUUAAUGGGAAUGACAGUAUUGACCAUCAUGAAGAAUACGAAGAUUCUGAGAUGGAAGAGGAGGAAGAAGACAUGGAGGAAGACAUUCACUUGGAGAUGGAGGACAACUCCUCUUCCCAUGCAGCCCAAAAAGAUGAAGGCAUUGACCCAGGUAAUUUGGCCACAUUGGACCGGCUGAAGGCUAACCAGCGGCAAGAUUACCUUAGGGGAUCCAUUUCUGGUAGUGUGCAGGCCACAGAUCGCCUCAUGAAGGAGCUCAGGGAUAUAUACCGCUCAGAUAGCUUCAAAAAAGGAGUAUACAGUGUGGAGUUAGUAAAUGACAGUCUUUAUGAAUGGAAUGUCAAACUUCUGAUAGUGGACUCGGAUUCACCACUCCACAAUGACCUGGUGCUGCUCAAGGAGAAGGAGGGAACAGACCACAUACUAUUCAACUUCCAUUUUAAGGUGCCAUUUGUAUGGAGCUUCUCACCAAGCAGGGAUGGAGUUCAGCGUACACAAUUGAGGCCGUUAUCAUGCAAAUAGCCGCAACAUUGGUUAAGGGUAAAGCAAGAAUCCAAUUUGGGGCAAAUAAAGCUGGCAAAGUUAGCGUAAGUAUCCCAGGGCAGUACAGUUUGGCGAGGGCACAACAGUCAUUCAAGUCACUUGUACAGAUUCAUGAAAAGAAUGGCUGGUUCACACCACCCAAGGAAGAUGGUUAAGGAAGUGUCCCACUGGAUGUUGUCCCCAAGCCUCUACUUCAUCCUUCUGUACCCUCACUCUGGCUGUCGCCGCUGCCUCUUCCACCGCCUCCACCUCUCCUUGGCCCCACCAUUUCCACUUCUUCAUGGUAACUCUCCACAUCAACAUCUAGGAGUGGUUUAAAAUUUAUUUCUAAACUUUGUAGAAUGACAUAAUUGGCCAAUGCAGUACUUGAGUUACUGUAGUCACUGUAUUUUUUUCUUUGUGUGUGUGUUUUUUUUAAGGGAAUUCAUGGAUAUAAGGAAUCAUGGAGUUUCAAAUUUAAAAAUUCUUGUGUUUCAGACAAACAAAAAUAUAGUGUCUGACAUAUAUGACUAGAAGAAAAGUAAAUCUAUAUCUUCAUUUAAUUUUUUGGACUAGGAUUGGCUGUUGGACACAGGAGAUGAACUGUCAGAAAUAAUCAAUUCAUAUGCUUACCUCUGUUAAAUUUUGUUAAGUAUUCUAGCUCUUUAUAACUGAGGAAUGAUGCUUUCUGGACUACAAUAUGCUAUGCCCAAGAUAAGUCUGUAUUUGUAUUGGUGGAAAUGUGAUCUGUUUAUUUUUCUUUUUGAACAGAAUAUGUUGUCACUUUUGUGCGAGAAGGGUUUCUGUACAAGUUUUGUAAACUAGAGAGAGCUUGUUUUUCACCUAUAAUUUUUUUGAAUGAUUUUUCUGCUAGUACUUUUGAGAGGCUUGAGUGUAAGGGUGUUUUACAUUUCUGCUGUAAUUUUAGAUAAUUUCUUUGUCUUUUAUUUCAGUUUUAUGUGCAUUGAUUCCAUCAACAAACAUACUCUCAUCACAUUUGCUCUCUUUGUCAUGUUUUUGGAAACUGCAAUUCCAUGUGACAAAGGUAGUCAUCAUUAUUACCUUGUAUAGUAUGUCAGUUUAUUCAGUUGUUUUCAUUUACAUUGCAUUGUGUAAUGGAUAAAUUGACUGAGACAGAAAUGUAGAUAUUUGUCAGGGAUACAACAGUGUUGGAUAAGGCCUGAGGGGGUAGAUCUGUAUUUUUGAAAUUUCAGAAGUCUGAUCAAGCAUGCAGUGACUGAUGGAUGAGGAGAUAUGUAUCAUCAUGGCUACAAAUUCCUGUUCUCUAUUAUUAAUUGUGAUCACCUUUAUUUUUAAUUAUUUUUCCCCAAGAUAAAGCAGCAAUCCUCUGGCCUGCGCUUGAAGUUCAUAGCUAUUGAUCCUUGUGGUGCAGAGAAUUUACAUCUCAGGUUGGCCUUGUAAUCAAAAUAAAGUUUAUACUUGUCACUUGCCAACACCAGGGAUUUUUUGGAAGAAACAAAAUGGUAUUGCAAAUAUAUUGGGAGGGGAAAAUGUUUAGAAUUGCUUUUUUCUUCUUUAAUAUGGCACUGAUAUUACUGUUUUGGAUGAAAGAAAUGGAAUGCUGUAAAGUACUUUUUAAAGAACUAUACUUCAGUGAUUGAAUGGGUUCCACAUUAUUUGGUUGGUAACUUUGAACUAAUCAUGUUAUGUAAAAACGCUUGAAAUGCAUCAGUGAUUAUUUGAAUGUAUAGAUUUUUUUGUCAGAAAUUGAAUGUUCUAGCAGCUUAGUCAUAAUUUGAAGAUUUUAUAAAGAUCCUGUAACUUUUAGAUGGUGGUUGUUAGAGAAGUGCAGUGGAUAACCUUAAAGGCAUUAGAGUUGCAGCUGCUUUUGGGAGCUUUCAGUUAAUGCCAUUCAGUGAGGGAAUUUGAAAAUAAAGAUGGGAAAAUUUUCCCCAAUAGCAGCUGCUUAUUGGUGGUGACUGAUGAUUUUUUCACAUCUUUAAGAGGAAUAGAAGUGCUUAAUACUAAAGCAAGCAGAUGUAAAUAUUUGAAGUUUUUUUUUUUUUUUUUAAGAAUGAAAAUGUUUGAAUCUCAGACAACAUUUAUGACCUUUUUCUUUUUUUCCCUCUAAAAUAUGUAGUCACUGAAAUUUGAUUGGUUCCUGCCUCUUGUCUGUUUGGAAAAAAUGAAGCUGCUCUUUGCUAAAAAUGCUUCCUGUGAUAUAAACUUAUGUUCCCAGUAUUAUUGGCCAAAUUUAGUGUGGGCUAUUUGUCAUCUUGGUUAUUAUUUUUAUCAUUGCUAUUUUUUUAUUUAUAUAUCUGUAUUUAUUACUAGUGUUAUUCUCAUUAUUUUUAUUUAAUUUUUAUUUUUAUUAUUUUUUAUUAUUAUUGUAAAUAUGAUAUAUCAGGUGUUGGUUAUUCAUCAUUACCCAUUAUUCAUAUUUCUGGUUGUAGGAUUAAUUAUUGUAUCAAUGCUAUUGCUAUUGUUUUUUAUAUGAGUGAUUUGAUGACUAUUCUUAUUAUACUUGUUCUUUUGUUUCUGGUAUUGUCAUAAUAGUCAUCAUUGUUAUUAUUAUUAUAAUAAUUAUCAUUAUUACUAAUAUUAUUUUUGGUUUUAUUAUUAUUAUUUUUUAUUGCAAUUUGUUUUAAUAUGUCAAUAUUUACUAUUUUUAGUUCUUGAGUCUGUUUCUGCAAAUGUUGAUGAAGAGGGUGGAAAGAGAUAUUGCAUUCAUUCAAGAGGCAUUACUACUUUUGAACAAAAGAGUGCAGAAAAGGAAAAUACUUUUCAAAAUCAUUAUUUUUAAGGCAGGAUACAUAGUUACCUCCUCUUCGUCCUCCCCCCCUCCCCCCAUCCCUACCUUCAUAAUCACUAACUCACUCACUCUUUCUUUCUUUCUUUUUCAGAGAGCUUCCCUCUCUCACACCUUCACUAUAAGGGCAUAUGUGUAAAUGUCACUCUUCCAGUCAAUCAUUCACACUCCCUCAGUCUCUCUCUCCUCUUUCAUUCCUUUUCUUCCAUUUUUUUUCUUUUACUUUCUUUUUUCUCUCUCUCAUUCACUCACUCACUCUCCCUCUCCCUCUCCCUCCCUCCCCCCUU